UUAAAGAUAAAUUAAUGAUUAUAUUAAAGUAUUUGAUUAAUUAUUAAUCAUUUAUAAUUUAUAUUUUUCUGACAUUUUCACACAUUAUUUUAUUAUAGAAUUUAGAAUAUAAAUUUAAAAAUAUAGUUUAUAAUUUUUGGUACUUUUUUUACUUACACUUAUCGGUUAAGUCUUAACCGGGACUUUGGGAGGGUCUAACGGGACGACCGGGACCAAAGUCAUAUACUGGUGUCAUGUCCCGGUAUACCGGGACGUUUGGCAACCCUAUUUUAGGUGUACCUACUUAAUUUCUUAGGUGAUUAGUUUGACUGAUCUGUGUUCAAUAUUGAUUGUAUGCAAUAUUCUUAACUCUUCUUGUUUAGGUAUUUAACUAGUGAAACAGUAGUCGCUAACAAUUGUAUUCAUUAUUUAAUUCUAUAAUAUUAUGAUGUAUCUACAUUGUACAUUACCUAUACAAAUUAUUUUUGUUUUAUACAUUUUCUUUUUUUAACUUAAUGCACAGUUCAAUAAGUGAUGACAUUUUUUUUGUUCUUGAAAUAUGAUAAUUUAAUUCAUUGCAACUUUUUUUAUUUUUAUUUAUUAUUUUCCAUUUUAUAUACAUGAUAUAAUAUUUUUUUGUUCAUAAUAUCCAUGUAUCAAUAAUAUAUUCGUUUGACCAUCAGUUUACAAUAAACUUAUGAUGGAGGAUAAGAAGAAGACCAAUGAGCAGAAACACGAGCAUAUCAGAAAUUACAAAAAUGAACUGAGUUUACUAUCUGAUGAGAAAGCAAAUGAGGUAGUAGGAAGAUCGCUUAAAAUGUAUUAUAUUAUAGAUAGUUUAAAACCUUCAAAUGUGUUUCAAUUCAAAAUCAAUGAGUAUGUUGAAGCUCAUAUGUUUGUAAUAGAUGACGAAGUUCAAAGGUUUUUAAAAAAACCAAAACCUUAUGAUGAUGAACUUACUGUUGAGUCUAUAUAUUCUGGAAUGGCGGGUAUUGCUUUGAUGUACAAAUUGUUUGCUAACAGAACACAUAACAGAGAUAAAACUAUUGAGGCUAAGUUGAUUAUCGAAAAAUGUAUAUCAAUAUUAAAUAAAAAUUCUGAUAGUGUAUCAUAUUUAACUGGGAAAUCUGGUAUAUUUGUUACGGCUGCUGAAAUUUAUCGAGAUCUCGGUGAUAUUGAAAAUGCAAAAAAAAUGAUUAAGAAAGUUUUGGAUUUGUUGCCAUUAGCAUUGAAUAAAAAACUGCCUGACAUUUUACUUUAUGGACGAGCUGGAUAUCUAUACUCUUUAUUAUUACUUAAAAAACUCGGAUGGGAAGACCCAGAUAGAGAUAGAUUGAUACGAAAAGUUGUUUCAGCGAUUUUACACAAUGGCAUAAAGACAUGUGAAAAAGAUAAACCAAAAAAAUCUACUCUCAUGUAUAAAUGUCACAACAAAAAAUACUUGGGGGCAGCUCAAGGUUUAUCGGGUGUUUUACAAUGUCUUCUACUGGCAAAUACUUAUCUAACAAAACAUGAACUACACAAUAUUGUCAAGCCAGCUCUCGACUACUUAUUGACACUGAGGUAUACAUCUGGGAAUUUACCAUCUUCUAUGUGUAAUGAUCCGGAUCAUUUAGUUCAGUGGUGUCAAGGUGCUCCAGGCGCCCUACAUACUUAUGCACUAGCUUAUAAUGUUUUUCUAGAUAGGAAGUACUAUGAUGCAGCAGUAGAAUUGAGUGAUGUUGUUUGGGAACGUGGUUUAUUGACUAAGGGAUAUGGACUGUGUCAUGGCGUUAGUGGAAAUUCUUAUGCUUUUCUAACACUCUUCCAAUUGACUGGAAAAGCUAAAUAUUUAUAUCGAACUGCAAGGUUUGUUGAUUGGUGCUUAACAACUGGUCGUCAAAGAAAAGUACCUGAUAACCUAUAUUCACUGUUUGAAGGUGUUGCUGGUGUUACUUAUGCUCUAAUAGAUAUGCAAUGUCCCGUAGCUGCCAAUAUGCCAGGAUUCUAAAUUUCAACUAUUGCAGAUCAUACAGUUAACUAGAUAAGUUAAGUUACUUAAGAGGCUUGGCAAUUUUGUUUGUAAUUACUGACUUGCUUGUGCACCAUACGCAAAAAUGUCCUGUAGCUACCUCGGAAUCAAAUCCAGGAUAGCGAGCGUCAGAACAUUAGUUCACAUCCACUCGGCCACGGUUGAUGUUUUUACUUUAACAAAUAAUUUUCCUAUUUUAAAAUUUUUAUCCUUUAUGUCUGAGUAAUGUUUUUACUCAUGCAAAUAUAUAUAUAUUUUUUUUUAUUGAUUAUGGUUUAUUGAUAUCCUCCUAAGAAUACUUAAAUUAAUUAACUCAAUGAUUUAUUAAUAAACAAUUAAAUUUUUACUAAGACUGGUAAUUUACUAUAGUCAAAUAGUUAAGAAUUAAAAUCUACCUACAACUUUUAACUCUUUAACUUCCUUUCUAAGUUAAAUUCAAAACAGAUUAUAAAAUUAGUUUAAAUAAUGUACCAGCAUUUUCAGCUUUGCCUUUCAAUAAUAUUAUGUAUAUUGUAUAAAUGUUAUGCCUUAAUGUGAUACAUAAAUUAUUGAGACUUGAAUAUGUAUAAUGGUAAUUUAUAAUUAUUUUUUUAACUGUACAUAAUUUUAUAAAUUACAUCUACUAUUAAUAACCCGACUGAAGUAUAUUAGAUAAUUAUAAUAAAUAAAAAAAAGCUUUUAUAAAUUUAUUUGUUCAAACCAUUAACUUAUAUUAUGACUAUUAGAUAAAUAAUAGUAAGUUAAUUUAACAAUUAGCUAUUCCUAUUAUUGUAAUGUAUUGAAUUAUAUAUUAAUACAUUGAACAAAAUGAUUAGUGCCAUAAUAUAAUUAAUAAAUUAUAUUGUUUUUUUUAGUUUAAUUAUAUGUAUAAUACUUAUCUAUAAUUUUUUUUUUACGUAUUGGUUUUAAUUGAAAAUUCCCAUAUUGUGAAUUAUACUUUAUUAUCAUUCAUUAGCUCUUUUUAUUAUUAAUAAUCUUUUAUCAAUAGUAAUAUUUUUUUAAAUGUCACCCUUUUUUUAAGUGAUUUAAUUUAAGCAGCUCAUUAAUAAUCAAUAUUACAAUAUUAUUUGUAUUUUAAAGUGGUCAGUUAUGGACCAAUUCUAAAGAAUAAUAAUUAAAUUUAAGCAAAAAAAAAAGUAAAUACGUAAGUUGAGUGAGUGUGUUUACUUAUUUAGAAUAAGUGAAAGUAUACUUAAUUUUGUUUUGCUUGUAUUUGGUCGUAUUGUUUUGAAUUUAGAUGUUUUUAAAAAAAUUAUCUUUUGUGUACAAACUAUAAUUUAAAUAAAGCAAAACAAAAAAUGAA